AUGUUAAAUGCAGUGUAUGCCUUGUCUCAUGCAUUACAUAAUCUGCAGGCAUGCAAACAUGAAGAUGGACCAUUCAAUAACAGAACCUGUGCGGACCAGAAACAUUUUUAUCCAUGGCAGCUUCUAUAUUAUCUUAAAAAAGUCCACUUCAGAAAUAAAGCUGGACAAGAAGUAUAUUUUGACACAAACGGUGAUGUGCCAGUCCUGUUUGAUAUUAUUAACUGGCAGUUAAACUCUGAAGAAACCAUGAAUAGUGUUCUGGUUGGAAAAUAUAAAGUAAAUAAUGAUGGAAGUCAAACAAUAAUUGUAAAUGACAGCGCCAUCAUCUGGAGUGGAGGAUACUUACAAACUCCUUAUUCCAUCUGUAGUAACAGUUGUUCAUCAGGAUACCGGAAGGCACCUCUUCGAGAAAAACCCAUCUGCUGCUAUGACUGUGUAUUGUGCUCUGAUGGGGAAAUCAAUAAUCAGACAGAUGCCACUGACUGUAUAAAAUGCUCAGGAGACUCAUGGUCUGAUGAAGGAAGAAGGGUCUGCAUUCCAAAGCUUAUAGAGUACCUGUCAUACAGUGAUCCAUUGGGUGCAGUCCUGGCUGCUGGCACUAUUUUGCUUUCCAUCAUUCCCACCUUUGUACUUUGGAUUUUUGUUGCAUAUUGUGACACACCAAUUGUAAAAGCAAACAACCACAAUCUCAGCUACUUUUUGCUAGUAGCUCUUAGCCUUUGCUUUCUCUGUGCAUUAAUAUUUAUUGGAAAACCAAACAAUGCUACCUGUAUGGUCAGACAAUCUGCAUUUGGCAUUGUAUUUUCUGUUUGUAUUUCUAUUAUUUUAGCAAAAACAAUUACAGUUGCUCUUGCAUUUAGAGCAACAACACCAGGACGUUUCCAGCAGAAAUGGGUGGGAUCCAGUACACCAAGUUUCAUAGGACUUUUCUGUGCUUUUCUACAGAUCUGUAUUUGCUGUGUUUGGCUUGCAUAUUCAGCACCUUUUGCAGAGGAAAACUUGAACUUAUAUAAGGACAAGAUAAUCAUAGAAUGCAAUGAAGGAUCCAAAAUAAUGUUUUACUGCAUGCUUGGAUACCUUGGUCUCUUAGGAAUUAUAAGUUUCAUAGUUGCCUUUUCAGUAAGGAAAUUGCCAGAUAGAUACAAUGAGGCUAAAUUUAUCACAUUUAGCAUGUUAAUUUUUAUAAGUGUUUGGUUGUCAUUUAUUCCAGCAUACCUUAAUACCAAAGGGAAGUAUGUGGUUGCUGUGGAGAUAUUUGCAAUUUUGUCUUCAGGGUUUGGGUUACUGAGUUGUAUUUUCUUUCCAAAGUGCUUUGUUAUUCUGUUGAGGCCUGAUUUGAAUACAAGAGGAAAUGUUACACAGAGAUCACAUUAA